AUGGCUGGACAAUCCACACGACGAUGGCUUCAGCUGUCCUUCAUUCUCAUGGCUGGUUCCGCGGCUGCAAAGUCGCUGACCCUGUCCGACUUUGAAUCUAUUUCUUCCCCCAAUGCCCCUGUCAACUGCGUCCAGGCCUACGACACCCCUCUCGCCCAAUGCAGCCCUGGCGACUUCACUGGUGGAAAGGCCUGCUCUGCUGCAUGCAAGGACUCGGUCAAGCAGACGGAAGUCGUUAUUCAGCAAACAUGCGGUGGUGUCACAUCCGACGAGGAAUCGCUCUUGUAUCGCGGCCAGAGAGGUGAACUUGUUGCUGUCCUCUGCCGGGAUAUGGAUGAGCCUCAGGCUGAGAACCCUGAGCCGGCUUCCACACCUGCGCCUGCACCCGCACCCGCACCCCCAACUACGACUUCCACUUCGGUUGCUUCGACUCUGGCUACACGGCCCAAGGAGAACAUCUUGAUUGAGACUCACGCAAGCACUGCCGAGGAGACGACAAAGGAGGAAAAAUUGACUGGCCCUGGAGCUUCUGUGGGCGAGGACCUCGCAACAAAGAGUAGCGUCCUCGCCGUCGACACUGAGGAGCCUACGAUAUCUCUUCCACCUGCACCCACCGCCUUGAGGACCUCGGCGGCGGUCCCUACCCAGUCCACUGAGACCAGCACCGAAGAGCCAAGCGCUACUCCAACAGCUGCUGGCUCAAUCCAUGUCCCAAGUCUGGGAUACAUGUGUGUGUCAUUCGCCAUGUCGACUCUCUUUUACAUGAUGGCUUUCAACUAA